CCUCACUCAGGAAUGUCAGUGAGCAGGUUAAGGGAGGCUUGAGUUUCCGUACCUGUGCCUCCACCUGCGAACUGAAAUGAAAGCAGGAAAUCAUUACUCGUCUACUCGGACAAUCGCACAUUGUAAGUGGUUGAGGAUGGCUUUUCAGUGGAAAUAACAGCAACAACAGUCCACUAAAUGUAUCACAAAGGUGUCAGCUGAGGUGCUCAAGAGCAGAGGGGUGGCAUGAAGGAGGAGAUGGAGCAGAAAGAAAUGCAUUUCAACCUCACAACUCCCCAUACUCCACUCCCCAUUCAUACAUCUGAAUUCCGUGGUUAUUACGUCGUCGUUCCUCUUGUGCUCCUCACACUGAUUGGAUGCAUUGUUGUGAUGGUUGUUUAUAUCAGGAGGAGAUUGAGGUUAGAUGACUUGCGACACAGGCUGAUACCUCUGUACAACUACGACCCGGCAGAGGACCAAGACGACUGGUUGGAUGCAAACAGGGGGGAUGAGGAGAAGGAACUAUCCGAGCCCCUGUACAAAUAUGGAAACCUCUCCAUUAACUCUCCAUAUGGGACAUGAGCAGAUAUGUCCAAUUAGGAGAAAAGAAAAGGACAGGACAGCACAGCACAAGACAUGGAUUAAAAUGCUUCUUCUUUGAUUUUAGAUGACAAAACCGUGGUAUUAAACAUUUUGUAUCAGCA